UGGGGACUGGAGCAGAGCGCGAUGUCUGUCCUCCUGUCCUCCUGAACCGAUGAGGAAGCAGCGCUUGAUCCACUGGAGAGGGCGCGCGCGAGGAAGCAGCAUCCUAGCGUCUGUUUAAACUCGUCAGGAUAACUCACCCGAAUCCGUUACAGGGAAAAGAAAUGAUCAACACCCAAGCGAGAGCUGUACUGGUGGAUUCGGCUUGUGUUCUCCGCUGGGUCAGGAGGCAGGCUCCAGGGCCUCAGUGGUGCUCCGAUGCCCCUCAGCCACAGAGGAUGAACACAGCUGAGCAAAGCGCGAGCAGGGAUCUGACUCAAGAUGUGCUCCUUUACAAGGAUGGGAAGUUAACGGUGAAACAGCAGGUGUCCUCACUGGACAGCGAAUCAUCCGUUCUGCUUUUUCAAUAUCGGCUAAGUGAGCAGUUGUCGUGGACUAUGCAGACUGUGCUUUCCGGCCGUAGCCUCUUUGUUGGUUUACCAAAUGGAGAACUUCUCAAAGGCACCAAAGAAGGGCUGACUGCUGUUUUGGAGUUUGCCGAGGAGAAGCUGAAGAUCAAUCAUGUAUUUGUGUGGUUCAUGAAGAACAGGCCUGAUAAAUUGCUCCUUACCAGAACGUUCUGCUACCUUGGCUUUGAGCUUGUAAAACAAGAUCAUCUAAUAGCAUCCAUUGCAGGAGACUUGCGUCUAAUGGUCUACACUAUACAACAAACUCACUCGUCGGAAGAAUGACUGCGAAACCUCGAAAACAAACAGAAUUCUUGCAGACUGUUGUUCAGUCCACUGAUUGCAAAAUUAGUAAACAGUAGUUAUUGUUGAACACUGACAUUGUAGAGGGGCAUUCAGGGUAACCCGGUAACUGAAAAAAUGUGUAAAGUUUACCCUCUGAAUAAUUUAAAGAGACACACCUUUUUUCGCACGGAACAUUUAAAUGUGUUUAAGUGUCAAAAUAGCAAUAUAACUGGUUUGUUGUGUGUGUAAGCGGCCGACAAUAACUCACAUAUCAUCUGUUAUAUUUUGAAGAGUGAUUCUUGUGCUUUUUUGUGGAUGAGUUUUAUCGAACACUUUUUAUGACAAAAACUAAUGAUGUAAUCCGAAUUAUAGCAACACCUGCAUGCUGUAACGUGAACUUGUAUUGCACUCAACGAAUGAGUAAUUGACGUGGUCUCUCAGUGAAACUACAAAUAAAACCAAGUUUAAUAAUUGAA